UUUAUAUUUUUUAAUACUAAAAACCUUUCUGACUUAGCAUAAUUUUGAUACAUUUAAAAUGGUUGGUAUAGUUCUUGUAUCACUUUUCUUUUCUUUUUUCUUUUUUUUUUCAUUUCAUGGUCCAUGGUCCAUGUUCUUCUCACUGUUUUUCUCUACAUUGCCAACCAAGUUUCUUGUAAGUCUUAUUCUUCUUCUUCUUCUUCUUCUUCUCUGAUCUUUGAAGACAUGCCACAAAGAGGCUAUGUUUUGGUGUUCUUCUUGUGGGCUUUGAUUGCCAUUAUCACACCAACUUUGGUUUCAUUGUCAUUAGCAUCAAAGAAAACAAACAUGGAGGCUUCUCAGGGAGGUGCAAGGAUUGAGGUUAAAGUAAGGAGAAUGAUGGUGUUGUUGGAGAAGACCCUUACAAGGAAUACAUCAUCAUCAUCAUCAUCAUCAUUCACAGAAGCACCAACUCCUGCUCCAGCUCCAACAAUGGUGGCAGGGAAUGGAACACAUAGAUAAAGUGGAAAUUUUCUUUUCUUUUUGUUUCUGUAUGAUUUGAUUUCAAGUGAAUUUCAAGCCAUUAUACAAAUUAUUAUUAUUUUUUCUUGGAAAAGCUCAUUCUCUGAAUUCUCUAAUUGAUUUUUUCUGCAUUGCA